AUGAUUCCCACCAUCAGACAGUGGACUUGGUACAUUCACAAACGUUUUACCGGCAUCGUAGUCGGUAGCAUCAAUGAGUUUUCCCAUUCGCCCCACAAAGCUAUGAACGGGUCAAAGGGACAAUUCCUCGACAAACGUUCUGCCGAAAACGGUUACACUAUCACUCCUCUUUCUGUCGUGGUCUAUCUAUACACUCUUUACCCUCUUAUCCCAUUGCCGCCCUACCAAGUCCACCGUCUGAUGCUGGGAAUGAUGACAACUUCGGACAAGGUGCGUUUUACUAAGUCGCCCUGA